AUGUUGAAAAAAACCCCGUCCUCAACUGGUACUGUCUUGUACAUGACCGGGUUUUUCAUUUGUGGAGUGGUGCUUUGUGCUUCCGGGGUCCUCGUCCUUAUUCGGCAAAUGGAGACCCCGUUCGUAAUCGCUGGUUGCUCUUUUCUUGGUGUUGGCCUUUUAAUGUUGCUAGUUUGCGCAAUAUUGCAAUGGAAGAACGUGAAGAAGCUCAUCAUCGACAUGAACGCUCAUUUGACGGGGAUGUCAACUCGAGAACAAAUCUGGAAAACGAUGUUCGAGAUGCCGUCUGAAUUGCCGCAAAUGUCACGGCAA